CCAUUUGGACGUAAAACACCAUCUACUGACCAUUUAUUUAAGUAAUAGUCCGAUCUAAACUAUGGUUGCCUGGAAAAAUGCUCUUUAGCGAUAAACCCGCCGAUUAUAACACAAAACUCGAUUAAUUGUCAUUUAUUGUGUACAAUAAAGUAUUCAUUCAUUCAUUCAACCUUAUUAUUAACCUUGUGUGAUGCAAAGUGAGCACUGGCGGUAUUCAGAAAAACAAGAAAUAUGUAUUUUAAAAUUGUUUACAGAGGGAAGCAGCUCAGUAUUAGCAGUUGUAUGGACGGCAACGCUUGUGCUCAGUUUUUACGGCGCCUUCAUGCUUUAUCGUGGAUUUAUUAGAUGCCUCAGAAGCAGAAGGUUGAAGACGAUUACAAAGGUGUAAAUGAAAUACUAGACGGAGUUGAGUGUUGAUAUUGGACAUGGCGCCAGCGCUGGCCGGCCGGCUCUAACGGUGGACAAUUGUAUUCAAAGGUUUUGUUGUCUGUUUGUAGCCCCUAGUCCAACUACAGUUAAGUUUUAUAGCAACCUUAUGUUGAUUUUGUUGAUACUAUUUAAAAAUAAGUUUUACUGUUUCCG